AUGCAGCCUGAACGCGGCGGCCGGUCCCGAAGGGGAGGCGGCCAGCCCAACCCGAGGGGGCCAAGCGGUCGGAACAGGCAGGCGGAAGGGGCCGGGGGCCGCGGCCGAGGAACAGGCGGAGGAGGCCGCGGCAGGCCAGACUCUCGCGGCAGAGGAGCCGCGCCGCCUUCCUCCGCUCCUCGUUAUGACGAGCCGGCUGCUGCUGAUCUAGAACUGCAAGAGGAGGAAAAGGAAGAACAGGGAAGUUAUUCGAGAAGAAAGGUAGUUUCCAACUGGCAUCGUUACGAAGAUGCUGAGAAGGAAACACAAAGUGACAGCAGUGAAUCUCAGCGUGGGACUGACUUUAGUGUCCUGCUUAGCUCUGCAGGCGAUUCUUUUACGCAGUUCAGAUUUGCGGAAGAAAAGGAGUGGAUCACAAAAAACCUUUGCCCUAAACAGUUACCUGGGUUCUAUGUCAACUGCCAGUCCUUGGUCCAAGCAUUUGAAGAGCUGCCUCUGCAUCUUAAACUGAAUGUGGCUGCUGAUCUGGUGCAGGAUGCAGUGCCUGUCACACUCCCCACAAUUAAAUCGAAAAGUCAUGACAUCUCCAUGAGGAGCGGUGCUCAUUUACAGCAGCCGGUGGGGCAAAGUCCGGUCGUGCCAAGCAGUUGCUCUGCCACAGUGUCUGCUGCCCACUUGAUCCGACCUAAUAAAGAUGGAUUUGAAAUUAUUUCUUCAGAGGCCCCCCAGAAGGGCCCUUCAGUUUCACAGCAAGGAACAGAUCAAUUGGACAAAGACCUUGAUUUACUCCUGAAGUUGGAUGCGCCCGUUGAUUAUGAAGCCAUCUCUGUGGUGGAAGCAACAUCCCACGGCGAAAUGUUUAAGGAAGAUUUGAAAAUGCCUCAUGAAGAAAAUGAGGUUGACAAGACUGGAGCAAAAAGUACAGUAUCUCAACAGCAGCAAGUUGUAUCCAAAAGUAUUACCGAGGAAGAUCUUGAAGACUGGUUGGACAGCAUGAUUUCCUAAGGCCUGUGUUUUGGCUGUAAUACUAGUAACUGAAAAAUGAAUUAAGAUAGUAAUGGCUGCAUAUGAAAUAUCCAUUUACAAGCAUUCAAAUUAAGUAGCCGUUUCAUCCUGAUUUCUA